AGGAUUUAUAGCUGAUGAUGAUAGCGGCUGAGCCUCAGAGCCCGUUGGCAGUCAUGGACUUUUACAGAACUUUACCAGCGGAUCUAACAGCUAAAAGUAAAAGUGGGGGAUUCAUCAGCGUUGGAACUCUGGUGGUGAUCUUUCUGUUGCUCUGGGCAGAAAUCGGAAACUUCUUCUCAGAAAGAAAGUACAGUACGAUUAUGGUAGAGAGGAUAACCGGACAUGACAAGAUAGGAUUGAACAUCAACAUGACCGUCCACGAUUACGGCUGCCACAGUCUCUUCUUGAAGUACCGAACUCGAACGAAAGGGUAUUUGAUCGACAAAUUGGACGAGUCAAAAUUGAUAUUUAUAGAUGAUCACCAAGGUGGAUGUAUGAUUAGUGGAGAAACUGCUAUUGUAAAAGUCCCAGGCUACAUAGAGAUAGCACUGCGAAAAGCCGGCUCGAAAGAAGUGUCCCUCCCACAUACGAUAGAGCACCUCUACCUUGGAGACAACAUCUUUCUGCAGGACGAUGCUGUGUGGCACGACGACAUCCCAGAGAUAGUGUUUAAUCCACUAAGAGAGCACGAUGAGAAGCUUGCAGAACCAGGGAUGGACACGGAGUAUCAUUUACAGCUGGUACACACUGCCCUCCAGCUCCAACGGAACGGGGACCUGUCCGACCCUUACCAGUAUUCUUAUACCACGAAAUCAGUAAAGAGCAAAAAGGCUUAUCCAAGUGUAAAAUUCUUCUUUGACUGGUCACCCAUUACGAUCAAAUAUGGAAUCAAGAACUAUUACUACUCAGACCUCGGUGGAAGACUAAUCGCCACGAUCGGAGGAUGCUUCACGAUCGCCAUGUUCCUCCAUACAUUCCUUAUUACCAGUGCACAAGCGGUGCUUGCCAGAGUUUCACCCAUGUCAUCCAUGAAAUUGGGAGCUUAGCAUUGUUUAUUACUGUAGAGCAUGGCAAACUUUUUUAAAUUGAAUUUCAUUUCACUUUCGGUUUUAUUUGGACAUAUUUAGAAAUAUUUAUUAGAUUUGACGUCUGGUAAUUUAUAAUAUUAACAAGACACAAAUACAAUAUUAUGUAAGAGAUAUAUGUAAAUUAAGAUUAAAAUAAGUUAUUCUCAUUGAAUUUUGAUAAGAGGGAUAAUUGUUGAUC